AUGAACUCGCAGACCCAGAGGAUCUGCACUUCUUGUAAAGUAUUGCGACGGAAGGACUGCGACGGCAAAGUCCCUUCAUGUUUGAACUGCAUUAAAAGAAAGCGAGAAUGUACCUAUCAGGUCGACAGCGAUAAGCGAAGACGAAAGUACCAUACAGAUUAUACCCAGUAUCUGGAGAAAAAAAUACACGUUCUUCAGGAAUUUCUCUCCAAAAACGACCCGCAGUUACAACUGGGUGAAAAUGGCGAAGAAUCUCAAACUCGGUUUUUGAAGCGGGUAGACGAAGAAGCAAAAUUGACCACUCUUCUUAAUGAGAUGGAUGACCUGCGUCUCGACCACUCCCCGGAGCCUGAUUUUCAAUACGACGAUCUUGGGCCCUUGGUUGGAGUAUCUGGACUCAAUGUGUACUAUAUUGAUCCUAUAUUCAGAACAGAACUGCUUUCUUUAUUCAAGAAACACUGUUCGGAGAUCGCCUAUGCUAUCACGCUCACAAUACCCACCCUCGAGACAUGGGAUUUUUCGACCGACACGCACCCUUCCCAUCAGCUGCUUAUGCUCACCGUGUAUGGGGUUGCUUGCUUAUAUUCUAAAAAUCCACAUGCGUCCAAAAUCAGUAAAUUACUGAUAAACCAGGCUGCGCAAAUUGCAGUAUAUGCGUCGAAGUUCAAUUUAGACGAAUACCUGCUACAGGGCCUUCUGCUCUUGUCCUGCUACGAAAUGGGCAUGGGCAAUGACUCGAUGUCUUAUCUGUACAUUUCGAUGGCAUGUUCUUUGACGCAGCAUAUGGGGCUCCAUAUAUCGUAUGACGAGCAUUCUUCAGCAGCCAAGUUUGCACCUCGAACCACUCCAUUCCAAUCUGCACUUCUAUGGUCUAUCUGUACACAGGAUAGAAUUAUCACGUCAAGGAUUGGUGUGCCUUCUUGCAUUCACUUUAAGCGAAUUAUCUCUCCUGUCUAUGAAGUGCAACUCUCGCCGCGCGACCCUAGUUAUUUGGAAGAGCUCUGUUUUUGCUACACGACUCGUGUGUGGUAUAUCAUGGACAGGUUCACAGACCAAAUAUGCUCUAUACAAGGUGAUUUAGGUGAUACGCAGGAACGAGGAAAACUGCUUAAAACCGCAGAGCUUGCGUUCCAAGCUUUGAAAAAUUCAAUACCAUUGCCCUUCCGAGCUGAAAAACACUCCAAAAAUUAUCACAUAAUAAUGUUUCAGCUAAACUACGAAGCCUGUGUGGUAUUGCUACACCGGUUGUUUAUUGACGACCCCUUGAGCAACAACAAGUGCGUUGCCUCGGCCAAGGAAAUAACCAGACUGAUUCGGAUCCUGCUUGAAACAGGAGGCAUUGAACGAACAUCCUACCAUUUUGCUUUCAUUUGUUAUUUAGCAGCGAUGAUACAUCUGGUGCUAUACUCUGAGAAACUACGUCCAGAACACCUUCUCAACUUGGAAACCUGUGUCACGGCCCUGAAAAUUUCUGGACAACGAUGGAAAAGGGGCGCACAGCAACUGGAGAUGCUAUGUGAGUUUUCGCAAAGCCACGGAAUCAAUGUUCCAAUUCUAGAAACGCUCUCGUCCAGAUGGACAAAAUUUUAA